UGGCUAAAUCUGCAUGUCUACGGAGCGUAUCCUGGUUGACAAAUCUAUCUUAUCUGAGUUUCAGGAACGUCUUAGUGAAGCAAUUAGAAAGCUUUUCGGUGCCGCGGAUGACACACCUGCCGUCGUGACUGCAGCCUUAGCCACUCAUAACCGGGGCCUUAUUCAAGACGCUAUAUCCAAAGGCAUACAACCACUGAAGAUUUUUGAGGAUAAGCAUGCUUAUAAGACAGAUACAAAAAUGAGACCUGUGGUCCUUGGCAAUAUUAAAAAGGACAUGGACCUAUAUGCAACAGAGUUACUUGGCCCUAGUCUGGCCGAUGGCUUGGAGUCAGGGGCCGUACACAUUAAUUCUAUGACGGUGCAUGAUGAAUACUCUCUCCCCCAUGGAGGUGUGAAGGAUAGUGGAUUUGGUCGUUUUAACGGUUACCAGGGAUUGGACGAGUUUCUUUACUUUAAGUCGGUUACUUGGAUGGAUUGAUAUUUUUAGAGUUCAGGGUCUUAAUGUUCCAGAGUGUCGCUGUUAGUGUCCUGUGUUAUUAUCCUGCGUAUUACGAUUUGUGUCUGUAACAGCGGACCUUCCGA